AUGCAAAAAAAAAAUGCCAGCCUUGUCCCAGUGUCAUCAACUAUUGAUGUUAUUGAACUAAUGAACCUUGGGCACAUGAACCGUGCUGUUGGAGCAACAACCCUUAACGACCGCAGUAGUCGAUCUCAUAGUUGCUUGACUGUUCAUGUUCAAGGAAGAGAUUUGGCAUCCGGAGCAACCAUCCUCGGAUGCAUGCAUUUGGUUGAAUUAGCAGGAAGUGAGAGGGUGGAUAAAUCAGAGGCUACUGGAGAUAGACUAAAAGAGGCACAACAUAUUAACAAAUCCUUAUCAGCUUUGGGCGAUGUCAUACGACAAUCCAUAAUACGGCAACCAGGAAAAGAAAAAGAGAUUAACUAG